AUGGGGGGGCCCCCCAUGGGGCCCCUCAUGCACCAGCAGCAAGCCGAAACCGGCAUGCAUGCUGCAGCAGGGGACCCUGCAGCAGCAGCAGCAGCAGCAGCAGCAGCAGCAGCAGCAGCCUACAGUGCGGGGGAACCUCCUCUCAGGGACCUCGGGGGCCCCUCUAUGGGGCACCACCCCGGGGGACCCCGGGGGGCCACUCUUGACGGGCAGCAGCAGCAGCAGCAGCAGCAGCAGCAAGGCGGCCUGUGGAGCCCCGAGGAAGCAGCAGAAGCAGCAGCACCAAAGACAGCAGCAGAAGCAGAAGAGGAGGCCCUUUUUGCCUUUCUUGAAAAGGCGUUGGCGACAGCAACUACUCAGAGACUGCUGCAGGAAGUAGGUCCCCUGCUGCUGCCCGAAGACCCCCCAGCAGCAGCAGCAACAGCAGCAGCAGCAGUAGCAGCAGCAGGGAGCCCGAAAGGGCCCCUGAGAUCUUCCACUCUGCGGCUGCUGCUGGAGCUAAAAGAGGGGCCCCCGGAGGCCCCCCUUUGGGACCUGCAGGAGGGCCCUUCCACUGCAGCAGCAGCAGCAGCAGCAGCAGAGCAGCCUAAACUCAAAGAAGAAAAGGAAGAAGAGGGGCCCCUGGGGCCCCCCUCCCCCCAGCGCCUGCGGCUCGGGGGGCCCCCAGAGGAGCAGCAGGGGGCCCCUGAGCUUCCUGCUUUACGCAUUCGGGGUGACAUGGAAGCAGCAGCAGCAGCAGCUGCU